AUGAGUUCAGCAAGCAGCGACGGCGCAAACCAGCCGGCCGUCUCUCGUGAGCCAAUUUCUGGGCGUGAGGCCUCGAAGCCUGACCCGGCGACGACGUGCGACCGAGAUGAAGAAGUGAAGACCGAGACAGCGGACCGAAAUGUGGCACCAGCGUCUGCGUCCGCACCGACGGACCUUGAGGGCAAGACGUCUGCUCUGGCUGCAAAGGCCCUGAAAUUCAUAUCUGAAGCUACACCAACAACUUUGGCUGGGAUUGCAGUUGGAUUUUCUGCCAUUCUAUAUGCUAUCCUUGGCAGAAUCGGACUGUUGCUUAUUGGUGCCGUUGCCGGAGUGCUGGCAUUCAUCUCGUUGGAAGCCAAGAACCCAGCCAUAGCGCAGGCUGUCAGAGGAGAAAAAGGGCCCGAAGUUCUCGAUCGACUAUGGCUUGAUAUGAAGCAAAUCAAGACAAGCGACUGUAGUCAAGAUGAAGAUGCCGAGGAGGCUGCCAUCAAGUCGUUUGACGAUUUCCGGCCCGAAACUCGGGACGCCCUGGGCGGACUCGUGGAUGCAGUUAUUCGAGACUAUGUCAAGUGGUGGUACACUCCAAUUAUACCAGGGGAUCAUUCGUUCCCCCUUGCAUGUCGGAAGACUCUAAAUUCCUACCUUUUAGCCAUCGCCAAUCGCAUGUCAAGGAAACGACCGGCUGACGCGUUCCUGGAUCUGCUCACUAACAGUUCUUCCAUUGUCAUCGCCCUGCUGUCAGAACUCGCAGCUGCUUUUGCGGAUCUACCUCCUGAGACGAAUAUGACUGCCGCAGAUGCAGUUUAUAACUACCUAGCAUCAAAUCCAGAUUCUCGGCUUGCCAACCUACUCAACCAGAAACAACAGGCGGCCAAGUUCAGAAUGGUUGCCGAGGAUCUCUUGGGAUUCUUGGACCGGGGUUCACAAAACUGCGACCCAGCUCGAAUUUUUCUGCGAGAAAUUCUUGCAAAUUCCGUACUUGAGACAACCUUGCAAACUUGUAGCAAGGCUGAAUGGAUCAAUGGAUGGAUUGUGUAUCUGCUCGAGGCCGGCGAACCUGACAUCAACCAGGCCAUUGACGUAGGGAUGCAGACUGGCCGCGAUACAGGGUCUAAUGUGUUUGCGGAUAUCGACGGAAAUGUAGGCAAUAUUGGUAUUGCAAAGCCGACGGUGGCCCGUUCUAGCUCGGAAAUUUCGCGUCGAAAAGAAUCGCUCGGCCAUAAGAAGAAGCUGAGUAGAGCCGAUGAAGAGUUAGAAGAGGCCAUGGAAGAAAUGAAGCGUAUGAAUGCAAUGAUGGCUCGGGAUGGGCAACGAAAGGAACAAGCCUCGAUCAACUUGGACAAGAUAGACACACCGAACAAGAGCCUGGAACUGGUGGCAGAGGCUCAAGAAACUGCCAAGCAACCAACCGAGAAGCCUGAAGAGUCAACGGUAUCGAGAGAUUCUGGAGAAAAAGUAUCCCCCAGAGGCACAUCAACGGAUGGAUUCUCAAGCAAAAGCGAGACAGGGAACACGCCGGUUACACCACGAUCGACUCUCGGGUCGUCGAGCCAACAAUCGUCACCAACUCGCUCGAAUGAGCAGCGCUUUACUUCGUUCGAUCAAAUUGUUCCCGCAGGCCAAUCGGAAGAUAACGAAGAGGAUGGUCCCAGAAAAGCUCCGCUCACCCUUCACAACGCUUCAUUUACGCUACACGACGAUGCCACAGGGGACGGGGGCAAGAUGCGAAAUAAACCCAACUGGGACUAUCUAAUUCAAGUCGAGCCUUCGUCUUCAGCACACACAGGCUGGAUGAUCGUUCGACGAUACUCAGACUUCGAAACGCUGCACGAAAUUCUGAGAAGGAUUGCGGCUAUUUCUGGGGCUACUGCUUUCACGGAAUUGCACAAGGAAUUGCCAAAUUGGAGAGUUCACACGAGAGAAUCUCUCCGAGGAGAGCUUGAAAGGUACCUGAGAGACGCGUGUUGGUAUCAGUCGCUGGCGGAGAGUGAAGGCAUGAAGCGGUUUCUGGAGAAGUCUCAGGGCCACACUCACGGUAACUCAAAGUCAUUUGGUUGGGAGGCCGUUGGCAAGAAUAUGCUCGAUGUCCUCACUAUUGCGCCAAAAGGUGCCAUGGAAGGAGGGAAGACGUUGGUUGGCGGUGUCAGUGGAGUGUUUGGCAACAUUGCAGGCCUCACUAGGAAGUCGACCAGCCAGUCUGUUGACUUGACUCACUCUGCAAACCGUCUAUCGAUAUCUACGCCGCCGCGAGUUGACUCUGCUAGAUCUCCAGCAAGGUCAGACCGGGCCAGCAUGGACAGUCAACGGUCUUCAGUCAUUUCCACCCAACCUGGCAAAAUGGCUCCAAUGUCACGACGGCCGAGUUACCAGUCUGUCGGCGAUCUUGACGGGGAAAUGGGCAGAACGGGACGCAGUGCUGAGAGGAUGGAGCCUGGAUCAGGGCCAGCAAGCGCACGACCAAGCAGAGAGCAUAGUAGAGCAUCCAGUUUGGCAGCUCUUCGCUCACCAUCAACUGUCAGUCUUGACUUCACCAAGCUUCCGCCGCCACCCGAUGAGAUGGCCAGUGACUACGAAUCAUCGGUGAAUGGCGAUGAAACACAGUCGAGACAAAACGACGGCGCAAACAUCUAUCAGACCAUUCGCGGCUUGCCAAGUAGCUCCAGUGCACCAUCGUUAUCGAACUUGAACGGGGGGAAGAAGACGAUUGCGAAACCUGUCAAACAGUACUCACAGAUGUCGGAACAGGAAACACGGGUUGCCGUGGAACUGCUGUUUGCCGUGAUCAAUGAAAUGUACACUCUGUCGUCGGCAUGGAACAUUCGCCGCACACUCCUUACUGCAGCCAAGUCGUUUCUCCUGAGACCUGGAAACCCGUCAUUGCUCACCGUGCAGUCCCUGAUACAGUCGUCCGUGCUCGAUGCAAACACGUCAGAUGCCGGAAUUGCGGCCCAGCUGCGCAAGCUCCGAGAGAACACGAUGCCAACGGACCAGGAGCGAGCUACCUGGCCGGAGGAAUUGACGAACGACGAAAAGGAGAAGCUGGCAAUCAAGGCACGCAAGCUGCUCAUCCAGAGCGGGGUUCCAGCAGCGUUGAUGGGUGUCAUGGGACAAGCGGCAACAGGUGAAGCACUUGGCAGGGUGUUUGACUGCCUGCAGAUAGAGGAGGUGGCGAGGGGUUUGAUAUUCGGACUAAUUCUGCAAACAGUGAGGAUUGUGACGCACUGA